CGGUACUUGGUAGGUGGUGCCCUAACUUUUACUGUAUGGACUCUUGUUCAGUAGUAUGGGAGAAGAGGAAGGACUACAUCAAACACAAUUACUGGACACAAUGUUUGUGCGAGGAUUAAAGAGAAAAUGUUUUGAUGGUGAAGAAGAUAUUGAAGGAACUCUGGCUGGUAUUAAGGCUAUUCCUUCAUAUAAUCUUCAGCGGCAGUCACUUUUAGAUAUGUCCUUGGUUAAACUUCAGCUGUGUCACAUGCUGGUUGAACCUAACCUUUGUCGCUCGGUACUUAUAGCCAACACGGUACGGCAGAUCCAAGAGGAAAUGACUCAGGAUGGGACUUGGCAGAUGAUAAAUACACAGAGUACGGGGCAGGCAUCCCUGGAUCGUCUUGUUUCAACAGACAUCCUCUGUCGCUCAUCUAGAGAACAAGCUGAGGGAAAGCAUGUUCCAGGUUAUAGUACUUUCAAUAAAGACUUUGAGGGUGACCAGGCACAAGAUAGUUCAGAGACUAUGUCAACAGCCUCUUCAGUGCAAGCUCCAAGAAACCUGCAGAGCAAUGUGUGGGAAAUGGAGAAUCCACAAGAAAAUAAAGGAAACUUUCAAAAAUCCUUAGAUCAAAUAUUUGAGACACUGGAGAAUAAAAGUCCUAAUUCGGUUGAAGAUCUAUUUUCAGAAGUAGACAAUUCUUACUACGAUCUUGAUACUAUGUUAACAGGCAUGAUGAACAACACAAAAAUGGGACACUGUGAUGGGCUUGAAACGUUUUCUUCUCCAACAACUGCAACUUCUAACUCCAAUUGUAAAUCUGAUCUUAAUGAGCUUGAUCAUAUUGUAGAAAUCCUUGUUGAAUCCUGAAACUCCUUGUGCAGGAGAUAAAGAUCUGUUAAUUGGGAAAAAAAGACUCAAGAAAGCUAUUUCCACAGUUUUUUCUGUCAAAUCUGCACGUGUAUUUUACAAGUAUCUAUAUAUUAUAUAGAUAUAUAUAUUAAAAAAGCACUUCAUAUUGCAAAAUAGUGUUAACUCUUAAAGUUAACCUGCAACUUGUAGUGUAAUAAUCCAAUUUAUUGUCCAUUGAACUGUAAGUAUAUACGGUAAAUGUUUUUAAGUUUGGGGUCCAAGGCUCUUGAAAUUGGGUUCCUUUUACCAAUUUGUUCUAGCCUUUGAUGGAGGAUAUGCUCAGUGAGAGGGAGUCUCUCAUCUUUUUCUUAUACUUCUGCCAGUAAAAAUGGUAAUAAACAUAGAGACAAGUUGGAUAACUGGUUUUCUAUUUUCCUCCAGUUUCCACUUUGUUAACACCACAUAACUCCUACCAUACCUGCUGCUUCCGUUCUAAGUCGCUACAUGGCUCUUAAAGAGCAGUAUGCAAUAGUUCCUGUUAUGCUAGCUAGCUUAUUCUGGUUUUUGCUACAAUUUUUACUUCAAAAAAUAGUUUUAAAGUGUUUAUUGGUGUUUAGAUUUUUCCAGGUAUUUUCCUAAAAUAUAUUUUUACUACAGAUGUGAUGUCAGCUGCUAACUUAGUAACUUUUGAUCGUAUCUGCAGUUGAUGUAUUUUUUGAAAGAUUUUCAAAGGGAUGUUUUUUUACCGUGAGCUACCCAAUGUAGUUCAGUAAAGUGUAUGUAAAUGUAAAUAUCUGAUUUUAUACUUUACAUUAAAAUGUAAAAGCUGUUUUCAUGAUUCUGUUUUAUAGAGUAGUACUUUACUAAAUUGAGAAUUGUACAAUUAUUCUUUUCAUACCCCAUGUACUUGAGUAUCAUUAGAGGAAGAGCUUUGAUCCAACUAGUACAAUUACAUUUAAUUCAUUUCAAAGCAUAUUUUUUGUUAACUACAAACCUAAAUUGCAUAGGUUUUUAUUUAUAUGUAUUUAUAUGUAAAUGUCAUCAAGUGAAUUGUUUAUCACUGAAGCCUACCAUCAAAUAUUUGUUUAUAUGGGAUAACUAUCUUGCACUAAUUGCUACAAAAAGUGUUAUUAGCGGCCUUUAAAUCUCCACUGGUAUGUCACGAUGUCUUGUCAUAAUUAAUAUGCUCCACUCUUACCAAGGGUUUCCUCUUGGCUUUUCUUAAUAACAAAAGAUAAUACAAAA